AUGUCUGUAUUAACAACAUCAAAAUCAACUGCAUUUCAUCAUACAACUAAAACAUUUCGAAAAUUGUCAGAUGAAAAGCAAUCAUUAUCAUCAAAAACAAGUAUAGCAAUACCAAAAUAUUUUAAUAUUACAUUUGCUAUUCAACAUGGUUAUUUUCGAUGUGUAAGAUAUUUAUUAGAAUUAGGAUAUGAUCCAAAUGAACGAGAUAAUAAUCUUCGAACAACAUUAAUUUUAUGUACCUAUGUGGAAAAUGCUAAAUGGCGUUUAUCAUUGGCUCAAAACUUACUUGAGAAAGGUGCACGAAUCGCGUUAGAAGAUCAUGCACGACGAAACAGUUUACAUCAUGCGUGUGCAUUGCAACGUGAUGAAUUAGUUGAACUUUAUUUAACAUGUAUAGAUUUUAAUAUUGAAGCAAAAGAUUGUGAAGGAUGUACAUGUUUACAUUAUGCGGCAAUAACCGGUAAUAGUUACAUAGCUGAGAUGUUAAUUGAAGCUGCCGAAAAAAAGGGUAUACAAUUAGAUCAAUGUAUAAAUAAAGAAGGUUGCUCAGCUGCUGUACUUGCACUAAAAUAUGGACAUAUUGAUUGUGCUAACACCAUUACACAUCGUGAUGCAGAUGAAUUUUUUGUUGUACCUUGUUCACCCUCAAUUUUUGAAUUAUCACAACAAAAUGACAAAAAAGAAUCGAAAAAAAUGAGUACAUCUAAAUUUCGACAAAAAUCCACACAGCCGGCAACAUUAUCAUUUGGAUUAUUAAAAAUAAUUUUUAAUGAUUCUGAUACUAAUUAUUCGACACGAUUACAUGACAUGGUUGAAGAAAAUCGUCUAGCUAAAAAUGAUCGUCAUUCAAAAAAAUUAACAAAAACUCGACUUCAUCAUGUUACAAAUGGAAUUAAUUUAAAUGAUAAAGGAUAUGCAGCUGAAUUUAUUCGACUAAAAUCAGCAUCACACAAGUCAAUAAAUGAAUAUGCUAGUACCGAAGCACUUGUUAAUCAAGAACAAAAAAUAAAAUUAUAUGAUGAAGAUCAACAACAAAAAACAAAUGGAGAACGACUAAGUCCACGUCUACAAUUGAUGCUUCAACAACAUCCUAAUCUACAGAAAAAUUCAAAAACAAAUGAAAAAGAAAGUGAAACUAUUUCAAAUGCGAUUAACACGAUCAUACAUGAUGAUAAUAAUCUAUUUGAUAUUUUGAAAACUAAUAACAGACCAUCAACAGCAAAAAUUGAUGUUUUAAUGAAAAAAUUAGAAUUACAGAAACAAUCAUCGUUAAGCAAGCAAACAUUAUCCGAUAAUUAUUCGUCUGAUCCCGAUCACUCCGGGACAAUAACAAAAUCCUUGAAUAGUACUCAGACAACUGAUAGAGGUAAAAUAUCAGAGAAACAGAACGAUAAUUUUCAAGCAAGUGUAAGUACGUAUAAACCCUAUUCUACCACGGAAACGACCGAUAUUGGUGAAUUUCAUCCAUCAUCAAUUUCAUUUGGUACAACAUCAAUGAAAAGUGAGUUUUCCGCACAAGUUGUACUGAAACCAUCGUCUACAGUUCGAAUUAAGAAACUCGAUCAGCCAUCACGACUUAGUUCAGGGAAACCACCACUCGUUCCCACUCAAGAAGAACAUUCUAAGAGAACAUUUUCAUCUCUGAAACAGCACAUACCUAAUCGUGAUAAAUUGGUAACACCAAAAAAUAUUCUAUCACCAACACCGCAAAAAAAUCAAACAACUAAACAUAUUGAACGCGUUCGAUCAGCGCCAUUAGUUACACAUAAACAGAUGCCAUUUUCUAAUAAAGCCUUGUCAGAUGAAAGCUAUUCUCAAAUGAUCUACGCUGGACGACCUAUAUCAGCUAUAUUACAUACAAAUACAACGAGAGCAUCAACACCGCCGGACAGUUGUACAAUACGUGAAGCAAACUCUAGUACACUCUACAAUAAUCCGGAAGAAUUAUUUGGUUUAAAUGCAAAGGAUUUGUUUGGCACACAUGUUGAACCAAUUAUUGUCUCUAAAACAACACCAAAAGAUUCGAAUAGCGAAAAAAACCGAACAAAAAGAAAUUUGUUCCAUAAACAACAUCAUCUCUGGCAGCAAGAUGUUGAUCAAAUAAUCGAUUUAUACAACAUUCAUCGUAGUUCAACUUAUCGAACAACCGUUCCAUUUGAAUCUAAACCACCUGUUGUAGAUAAUGAACAAAAAACAGAUUCGAUAGUAUCAACUAGACGUAAUAGUAUUGUCGGAGGUACAGCAAAAAAACUACUACAACGAAAUUUACCACGUUCAAAAACCAGCACUCUAGCACAAUUAAAUUUGACACGAAGAAAUUCUGUUAUUCACAGACCAGCGACAGUCAAAGUGGCCAACGCAUGA